CUCCCCCCUUUCCCUCCCCGAAAACGCGAGGGGCAUGCAACGUCGGGGGCUGGAUCCUCGCACGGACGUCGCAACCCUCGUGUGUGUCCACGUCAUGCGCGACAAGUCUCGCGAUUUUGCGCGCGCUCAGCUUCUCGUUGCGCGCGCAGCCAUCGCGUGGGGGUGAAUCGGCAUCGUCGGGGAGGGGUUGUGCAUCGCGACCGUCCACCGUAACCGAGAGAAGGUGAGAAUUCGCACAGAGCGGGUAUCGAGCGGUGUGUGCGUGCGGUAUCGCCUACAGGGAGCACGACCACUCUCUCCUCUCUCUCUCUCUCCGUCUUUUUUUUCUCUCUCUCUCUCUUUGCCUCUUUCUCUCCUCUCUCUCUCUCUCUCUCCUUCUGUGCGUGUGAUCCCGCACGAUUUUUACCGCUCAUGUUUCGUUGGCGAUUUGUGUGUGUUCCUUUAUGAAAGCGCGUCAUUGCCGCGCCGCGACGGACCGUUAUCUCGCGGGCGCGUACUUAUGCUCGGAUCCGAAUCGCGACUGCCGUCUGAUAAUGCCCCUUAUCGUUGCCGCGCGCGUUACGUGACCCGCGACGUUACGGGAGUCUACGCGACGAGCAGCAGCAACAGCAGCGGCAGCGACGGCAGCAAGACCGACGGUGGACGGUCCUCGUGACACUGUUGGAGAACGACGGGGUGAACGACGAUGGAUCGCAAGGCGAAACUAUAGCCCCCGUUGCAGUUCGCGAUCGGAUUCCCAUAAAUAUCGCCCUGCUUCGUAAUAAUAAUAAUAAUAAUAAUAAUAAUAAUAAUAAUAAAAUACUUCCCCGUGUCGGCCGUGUCGCUCUUAUUAGAUAUCGUAUCACAUAUCCUAGCUUCAUAUCGAUCAUUCGUCCCGUAGCACCUCCGCAUCGCCCGCUUUCGAUCAAACAGAUCCGUGCUCCGAGUUAAGCGCGUUGAUCGAUAAAAACGACUGUGUCGUGUCCCCGAACGCGGACUGUGCCGAAGAAUUACGGAAAAAGCUGUGAAGUUUGUAUGCUCUUCGAGAAAAGUGGUGCCUAAGCGUGAUUACAAGGGGAGAGAAAAAAAUAUCUUAGUGCCUACAUACACACACACACACACGCACACACACACACACACACAAACAUACACGCGCGCGCGCGCGCGCAAUGCGUGCGUAUCGAUGAUUCGCUUGAAAUACCGAUCUAUCGUAAUCUGUACCAUCUAGCACGCAUCUUGGGAUACGAUUGCGAUGCUCCUUUAUCACUCGCCGAUUAUGUAUCACGCCGGAGUAUCGAAGUAUCUACGAGAAAGCGCACAGAGCGUGCGGAGGGACGGUGGGGACUAAAGAGGAGGCGAUUACAAUAGAAUCAACGGUAUUUGGUAAAUAUUUCGUUUUGAAUUCGGGGGACGAAUUGCAGUAUAUUAGGGAUCGAGUACACGCAUGUACUCGUCGAGAAUAUCGCGCGCGUGGGACUCCGGCAAUCGGCCUGCUUUCGCGCCGAGGAUCGUUUCCCCGCGGACAGACUGAAAGAUCGCCCUUAUCACUCGCGUUAGUAAUGUCGCGAUUAAUGCUGUGCAAUCUCGGCAAUGCCUCGACGGCGGGAAACGAUACGAACAACAACGCAAACACGAACAGCAGUAUGGAGGACGACGAUUCUUAUCCACUGCCUACAAUCUAUCGCUGCCGUGCACCCAUAGCAAGUCUGGAUUGCAUGGAAGAGUUCAACGGCGGCGGAGGCGGCGGCGGCGGCGUAGGUGCAGACUCGGGCGUGCACUGCAGCAACACGACCGGAACCAAAGAGCAGCUACUAACUAGCUGCAUUGCCGCACAAGCGCAACGUUUGCAGCACCCCUCGCCAGGUAUUCGCUACCGCAACUUGGGCAAAAGCGGUCUACGUGUUUCCAAUGUUGGAUUAGGAACGUGGACCACCUUCGGCGUGGGCGGCUGCGGCAGCGAGGAGACCGCGGAGGCCGUCGUCGCGCUCGCCUACGACAGCGGGAUUAAUGUGUUUGACCUAAGCGAGGCGCACAGCGGCCACCGCGCGGAAAUCCAAUUCGGCCGCAUCCUGCUGAGGCGCGCCUGGAAUCGUUCCAGUUACGUCGUGACGACGAAAAUUUACUGGAACACCAAGACCGAGGGUCGCGGGCUAUCGCGGAAACACAUUAUCGAGUCCGUGCAAGCUUCGCUCGUCAGGCUGCAACUGUCGUACAUCGACAUUGUCAUGAUCCACAAAGUCGAUCCAAUGUGUCCGAUGGAAGAGAUCGUUCGCGCUAUGAAUUACGUUAUAAGCAAGGGUUGGGUAAUGUACUGGGGUACGUCGCGAUGGACAUCCGUGGAGAUUAUGGAAGCUUACACCAACUGUCGGCAGUUCAAUUGUGUGACGCCGAUCGUCGAGCAAGCGGAAUACCAUCUGUUUCACAGAGAGAAACCUGAGCUCUAUAUGCCAGAAUUAUAUAACAAAAUUGGCGUUGGUUUAAUGGCAUGGUCCACCGUCACCAUUGGAAUGGUCUCUUCAAAGCCGGAAGAUUGUGGAGUAUCGUUCCUCUCGAGAUCCUCUUAUAAAAACAAAUACUCUUCGUUUAGUUGGACGGAGGAUGAAACUCAAUCUUUGUACAAGGAGGAGUACGCGUGGAAAGAUAAAUCCGCCGACGAUGAGACUCGGAAAUAUUCGGAUAAAUUGCGGGACGUGUGCGCUUUGGCCGAGAGACUGGGAUGUUCUUUCGGACAAUUGGCCAUUGCGUGGUCCUUAAAGAAUGAAAGUGUUCAGUGCCUUCUGCUCGGUGCAUCCAAUAUAGAUCAAUUGUACGAGAGUCUCCAAAGCUUACAGCUUAUCCCAAAAUUGAACGCUAGUAUAAUGAGCGAACUCGAGAGGAUUCUUGACAACAAACCGUCCCGACCGCCGAUGAUAUCCACCCUGGCGCUUAGAUGACAAUCGAUGUGCCCCCACGGCAGCGGUGGGGGCUCCGUCGAGGAUGCGGGUAGCCCGAAGAGCGAGGGCGGCAACAGUCAGGAUCAGGAGCAGACCAAGGAGGUGAAUAACAAGAUGCCGUUCUGCGAGAUACAGUGAGAUGCGCGGACGGCAAUCUCGCUGCCCUAGGUAUUGUCAAAGCCCGCAAGGACCGACAAUGGACGAAUAUGAUCCAUCCACGCGUCUCUCGUCCAAAUCCACGCUUUCACCCCUUCGGUCGCGGCGUAGAUCGAGAUUGUACAUACGACACACACGAGUCGAUGACAAUACUUACUUAAUUACGAGAACAACAUCCGGGAACUUACCGCGACACGGGGAGACACACCAGUCGGGUUACUUCUUCACGCACGAUAUUUAUAUCUGCUCUCUCGCGUACGUCAUUUCGUGGACUAUAUGUAGAUAUGUAGAUGAGGAUAUAUAGACGCGAUGUCGCGCACGCGGGAUCUUCCCCCCGUCUUAUAACGGAAUCGCAUGUCGCGCUUUUUGAAAGCAUUUUCAGAGAAAUGGGUAGGCUUAUUCCACAUAAGUCUCUCUGUAAGUCUCUCUCUCUCUCUCUUUCUCUCUCUUUCUCUUUCUCUCUCUUCCUCGGCCGAAGGAUUUAUCGUCGAGGUUUCCAUUCGCGAUUCCAAGUGUUCAUUAUUCUUAGCGUUAAUGAUCCCGUUUGCUAUUCAUCGUAGUGAAUGACCAGGAAUUUGGGGUGUCUCCACGAGUGUUCAGCGAAAUAGAUUCGUUCUGCCACUCACUGGUCGAAUAAAGGCGAUUUGCGAGCGAUAUAGCACGUCGAUUAUCAUCUAAAAAUUACGUUAUAGAUUGUAAGAAUUUAUCAAGAAUGAAUACUAUCAGUAACGCUGGGCGUUCUAAAUACUCUAGCCAGUAUUUUCAUCUCUAAUACGUCGCACAUUACUUUGUUAAUCCGGCGAUCCAAUAUAUAUUUCUUUCGUUAAAACUGUCGCGCUUCAUUUUCCGCCAAUUUCUUUCUUUUUAUUUAUUUAUCUAUUUUUAUUUUCUAAUUAUCUCGUAUUUUUGGGAGACGCGAAAUAAGCAGUGCGCAAAUUUUUCAUAAAACAGAAAAUAUAUAGUAUUACUACGAACUUAUCCCUCGUAUAAAAAAUACUUGAGAAAUUGAGUUCUUUUUUUCGCGGAUGAAUGGAAAGACAGAAAGUAAGUUGAGACAAAAAAGAAGGAAAAUCGGCGAUAUAAUGAAAAAAAUAAAUAUAAAUAAAUCAAUAAUUAAAAUGAGCGAAAAAUUGACCGGUAGAAAAACGAAUUUUUUUUAUUCAAAAUCUCUAGUCCUUUAAUUCCAUUCACCCAUCAGGCUUGGAUGUAAUAAAUUUCUUAACGGUUACAUUUUACAUUUAUAAUAUUUUCGCACAAAUGUUUCCUAAAAUGUGCACGUUUGCCAUGCACUAAUUAAUUCGCAAACUCAGUUAAACUGAUGUAAACUAACACGAUAGACUUACAAGGAAUCUUUGAAAAGCCGGACACAUAGUAUGUGCCCAAAAGAUCUAUAGAUAUCAAUAGAUAUCGUUUCUAUAAAAGAGAGACGUUUAUUUGUUUAUCGCCCAUACAAGAACUGCACAAAAAAAUACAGCACUCUCAAGAAGGAUCAUUUAUCUUGAGGAGAGACUUGCGAGAUUCAUGUAGUGAUCUCUACAACAACAUCUAUAUGCAAAAUAUUGAGAAUGCUUCUGAGAAACGUAUCUUUUUCUUGAUUUAUCUCGCGAUUUCUUUAAACCAAAAUGUGACAUAAAGGGUCAUGAUGAGCAUCUUUAUUAUAAUAAGCGCCGUUUUUUCAGUCCAUUCAAACAUUGCUCAAAUAUAACAGAUUGUGAGAGAAUUUCCCGCUAAAGACGUAUGUCUCAUAUUUAAAAUAUAUAUAAAAAAAUAUCGCGCAUUAUAUACACAUUCUUCGAAUUAAAAUCUGCAGUCGAUUUUUUAAUCAAAUUUCGAUGAAAUCCAUUCUUCAAAAUUAUGCGUAUGCUGAUAUCUUACAAAGUAUAGAUACAUAUACAUAUAAGCAGGUACACGCGAGAGACAUAAAAAUAUUACAUAUAAUCUUCUUCGAACCAAAACACACUGACGUGCGUUCGUUUUAUAUGAUUAUUUCUUUUGAACUUUUCUCACAAAUGUGCGAUAUACGCAUUAUCAUACUUUACAUCCGCGCGCGUGAUGUAAGUCAAACUCAUUUUUACGUGUAUGUAUGAAUGCAUGUGUGUGCACGCGCGGGGAUUUUCUUCGCACUUUGUAUAAAUACCAUUGACAUUCCACUUAAUCUUGUCAAGCCAAUUAUCGAUGAUAAAUGCGAGAAAGCCUCUUGGAAAUGAUGUGGCAUGCGCUCAGAGAGAAGGGGGAAUAAUAAUGGAAGCUGCCAGUACGCUUUUAUCGCGCGCAAUAUGAUCUCUUCGAUUCAGAACUUUUAUCCGAAACGUUAUAUAUAUAUAUAUAAAUACAGCGAGAAAUGAUCUAGCGUAAAUAUUUGGAAAUGAUAGAGGGGAAAUAUCGCGAGCGAAUAUAAUAGUACACUCGCGUCAUGUAUUGCAAAUCGAAAUAAAACGAUCUCACCCAGAGGGAUUAUAAUUGUCAUCGAGAGAUUCGUGGAUCAUUCGUUUUUUUUUUUUUUUUUUUUUUGUACAUUUCCGAAUAUUUGCGACGUAAAAAUGCCAACGGCGCGAUCUACUCUUGUUACCGACGAUCGAGAGAAUUAUCGAUGGAAGCUGUUAGAGAGAUAAAGAAACGUGAUAUUGACUGAAGUUCAAGUUAACUUCAGCGCUGAAAAUAGCGAGAGAUUGAUGAGAGAUCGUCUACCGGUGUCGCUCCGGCAAAAAUAAAAUAGCGACACGGCAAACAAGUGAAAUUGACAAUGCUUUAUUUAGUCAUGAGUAUAAUUUUAUAAUAUGCCAUCAGUUCUUUGCGCGUGACGAGCUUCUGCUUUACAAUUGCUAUUAGAUAAUUAAUUCAUCCUAACAAAUGCUUCAGAAGAGGAAGGGAUAUAUUUCCGGAGAACAGUCUUAAUUUGUCAUUUUACCACGCUAUGUUUCGUUGUCCCAUGCUAUAUUAUCUCGCUUAUAAUAUUAUAUUAGUAUCUUAGAUCGAGUCAGAUCGAAUAAAUUUAUUCUUAAAAUCAAAUUAGACAAAGAGGUUUCCUAUAAUAUAAUUAUUUGAAAGAUAUAUAUAUGCUUAAUUGUUUAUCAUAUUUCAAUACAUAACAAAUCUAUGUUUUAAUGUUUGUGCAGUUUUUAUACUUUAGGUUUUUUUGUAUGUACCUUAAUAAAGAUGAAUAUAUUACUGCAAUAGAGAUGUCACAGUAUCAAUAUUAUAAAUUUUGAACACGUUAAAAGCAGACUGCACGAUAAUCCAUAUAAGAUAUUUUAAAGUCAAGGCGAUCCCGCAAAGACCAGUUUUCACCAUAUAUAUAGCUUUUAGCAAUUAUAUUAAUAUUAAUAAUUUUUAUUUAAUUUUUACAUAUUGUCCAUAAAGGACAAGCGUUAUAUGUCAACGAUCGACCAUAAUUAAUAUAAAAAAGAUAUAUCUAUAA